AUGCUUGCCGUCCCUGAGAUAAUGGAUCAUCCCCGAUUUUCCACUGUUCGAAAGGGCCAGACCGAAGUCACGGGCAUCACUCUGCUUGCUCCGAACUACGAAAACGCAAGUGUUUCCAACGUCCACGGCCCAUUAGAGAUGUUCUUUAACUGUGUGGGAGCGCUAUUUUACAUUAUGAACAGGAACGACGUCCAAGCAUGCAUCGAAGCAAUCAAAGCCUCCGGAAACGAAAACAUGCCACUCGGACACAUGUUCAGCAACGGAAGUACAAUCGAACUUCGUACUUAUGCCGCAGAAAUUGCGGGUAUGGCCUCUAUCGGUGUUAUACAUUCACAGCUAGCCGACCCUACGAAGGCACCGCCACCCGAGCUUGCCGAUUACUUCUACGCAGUCGCCAAACUUGGCCUGGACUCUGCAAUUCUCUACGAUCCGCUUCGAGCCAUGAAUGUUUGCGCGCUGCUUGGCAUGUAUAACAUCGUCGUCAAGGCGACAGUUGCUCUGGCUUACAUUGAACUUGGUCUGAGCCUUCCUCGCAACCGCAAAAUAUCUCUCGAAACAUGUCCGCCAGACUGGUCUCCAAGCUACUACGAUGACAUUCGUCGCACGCAUAUGACUCUUGUCCACUUGCAAUGCUGGCUGAGCGCAUCUCUUGACUACAACUCUGAUUCGUUAACCUUCGACGUCCACCCAUCUCUCACUGGACUAGACGUGCCGCCCCAGGACAUGAUUCGACGCGAAUGCGUCAAAGUCUCCAUCAUCAAGGCAAGCUUACUUCACCGUCUACCAAGCAAGGCGCCUGUACCGGAAAGUGUCACGCUAGAGUUUCGUGCGCAGUUGUCGAGAUUCCAUGCCCAACUCCCCGACUGGAUGUCAGUUGCUGCGCUGUUACGCGGCGACAACAGCCCGCUGAUGGCCACAUUCCGUCCAGUAAUAUUCUAUGUUCAUCUCUUCUACCUUUCGGCUAUGAUGCUGCUUGCUCGGCGGCUAAUAAUUGCAUACAUCCCGCUCGAUGCAGGUGGCAUCGUAGUUCUUCCACCAGAAGCACGACGGGCUAUCGAGGAAGGAUACCAAGCUGCGGAAACAAACGCUUCUGUCAUGAGUCUAAUGCUACAGGAAGGGAAAGUAGUACAAGUUUGCUGGCUCUGCAUUUACACAGCCUACACGGCGGGAGUCAUGAUCGCUUACCAGGCAUCACAAAAGGCUCUGAACAACGAACCGUACAAUGACGACGUGAAACUGCUGGAGAAAUGCAUCAGUGUUCUCGAGUACUGUGCGAUCAAAGAUACGCUUGCUGGCAGGUUUCGUAACAUUCUUGCAGCUCACAUGGGGAAGCUGCAAGAUUACAGAUCUAAGACAUGGGAUGGUGAAGAUCUCGCGACGCCCCCGACUUCUCUGGCGAGUGACAGCCUCUUCUUCUUUGAUCGUGGUUCAUCUGAGCUUCACACAGCAGUCUUUGACUUGCUUCGCCUCAUACAUCACCCAUUCAGUGGCCUGAAAGACGUCGCGACAAAGAGUACGCUCUCGAAUCGCGCCGAGACAACUAUGGGCACCCACCUUGAGUGGGAGUACGAGCUCAAGAACAGAGACGACCCCGAAGUACCACCGAACGCAAAUGACAGUGCAUUUUCCGGAGGUGCCGGUGCAGUAGGUACGGCCGUAGGUGUAGCGAUUCUAGAGAGUGGCGCAGAUGUCGUUUUUGUCGAUGUCUCCGACCCCACUCCCGAAAGCUGGGAUCGGAUUCAGGAAGUUGCGCGAGGUAAUAAUACCCAUGCGCUAUUCCAACGCCUCGAUGUCCAGGAUGAACCCAGCAUCACAUCAGCCUUCAACACCAUCCGUGCUAAGCUUCGUCAUCCGAUCCGGGGGCUCGUCUCCUGCGCCGCCAUCUCCGGCGAAAGCGAUGCUUGUUCGUACCCCAUCGACACAUUUCGUACAAUCCUCGAUAUUAAUAUCUCCGGCACCUUCCUCAUCGCCCGUGCCGUAGCGAACGAAUUGCACAACGCCAACCAACCCGGAAGCAUCGUCCUGUUCGCCUCGAUAUCGGGUCACAUUUCCAAUCACGGCAUCAACACUGCCGCGUACAAUGCUUCAAAAGCGGCAGUGCACCAACUUGCUCGAUCGCUUGCCGCGGAAUGGGGUCACCCACAGAACACUUUUCCCGGUAGCACGGUCACGGAAACAAACCCAAAUCCCAGCCAAGAGCCUCGAAAAGCUUAUCCGCCGAUCCGAGUGAAUACCAUCAGCCCCGGUCAUAUUGACACGCCUUUGAGCGCGGAAGCGCGGAAGAGGGGGUUGACGGACGAGUGGGCGAAACAGAAUAUGCUGGGGCGAAUUUCAAUGCCCGAAGAGUUCCGAGCGCCGGUGCUGUUCUUGCUGAGUGAGGGGAGCAGUUAUGUCACUGGUUCUGUAAGCUGA